UUAUCGAUUGUUUACCUCUGGCAGAUGGAGUGACGCGCGAGUAGCUGGCGGGUGAAAUUCCCAAAUGGGCAUUGCGCGUCCACCUUCCAGAAGUGCCAGGUGACCGACGAGCGGCCUCGACGUUCUGUUGUUGUUGUUGUUGUUGACCGAGCUGCAUGGUCUUCAGGUUGUUACUUGAUGGCCUCUGAAGAGGAGUACGUCGUGGACGACGUAACGACGCUGCCACCAACUGUUGUCCUUGGAUGCAGGACGUUGUAAUCCUGGUGCUUUAUGUUGUGUCUGGGGCCGUUUGGGCAUUGAGAACGAGAUGACCAUCCUACACCUUCUACGCAAUGUCACCAGGGUUCAUCUGGAGAGUCAUUUUGCCCAACAGCUUUGCCAGGCAAGAGCUCUGACUGGUGCAGAAGCAGUCAAUGCCCUGAGACCCUUCUAUUUUGCUGUCCAUCCAGACUUUUUUGGCCAAUAUCCAGAAGAGCGGGAAGUGAAUGAGAACUCACUCAAGAGAUUAAAUGGUUACUUGGAGAGUCUCCAAAAGCCAGGACGCCGAUCACUAAAGCCAUUGCCUCUUACUUUUUAUGUCCGGGAUGCAGCAGACAGAGGUUUCAGAACAGUCAACUUCACAUUAGAGACCACUGACAUUCAGAGCACAGUGUUGGUUGUCCUGAAAUCCUGCAGUUUGUCCACUGAUCACAUUCAUCCUGGUGACACGCAGCAGCAGAACAAAUUGGCAACUUCAGUUCCUUUCUACAGACCGAUCAGAUGGGAUAAGACCUAUUAUGCUUUUACUGGAUACAAAGAUCCAGAAGAAGAGCUGGAACUGGCUAAGAAAGUGGAGCCCAAGCUCGGAUUAUGGUUAAUCAGAAAUGAAGCCCGAGCAACAAAGAAGCAGAAGGAAAGCCUGUCCCUUCGAUCGGAACUUAAAAGACUAAAGAAGGACCUCUGCCAUCACCUUGGACUUUCUGAUAUCAGGUGGCAGCGGAGCUGGGCACUUGCCCACAAAUGUAGCCAGUUGCACAGUUUGAGUCGUCUCUCACAGCAGAAUCCUGAAGCUGUUAAGGGCCUGCAAGGACACACUGUAAUAUUUACUGAUCAAUCAGGAAUAAAUGCUGCUGGACAUGUCAUGUUGGGAACAACGGAUGUACACCACCAGUGGGCCAAAAUGUUGGAGAAGCUACCAAAUUAUUCAAAACUCUUGGUCGAGGCCUCCAAUCUAGAGGAACGCAUAAGCCAUCUUCUAGGAGGGAUGCAGGUGAUUUACAUCGAGAAGCUACAACCGUUGUUGAUGCUAGAAGAAUAUUACAGUAUGCUGAGUGCGUUCUACAAGCGACUCUUGACAAAAAGAAUCCCCUUUCAUCCACGAAGCUUAGAAGGGCUGCAGAUGACCUUAGAGAAUGACUGUUCCAGACCAAGGCUAGAUGACCUGGGCCAUUUUAACAUACCUAUCAUCUUUGACCCUUCAACUCUCCAUUGGUUUGUUCAGACAAAUGCACAAGAGGCAAGACAGCGAAUAAAAAGGAAAGAAGAAUUAGAAGCAGAAGAAAAUGCUCUUGUUCUGAUCUGCGCUGAGAGGCUGUCCCUCAAGAGACUGUAUAAGGAGUCCAGCAUUUCCAAUUCACAGAUGAUACCGUGUUGUCAGCGACUGAUAGAGGAGGGCUUUCCACUCCUUCAAGGGAUGUAUCUCUGCGUGUCACACUUCUAUUCGGUUCUGCAAGACGGAGACAUGUGUAUUCCUUGGGACUGGAAGAAAUGAGCAGGGAAAUUUAAACAAAGCCGCAAAACAGGCCCAGAGGAGUACUGGUGAAGCAAUCUGAAAAAUGGAUGGUGUGACCUGUGGUUGUUUUUCUGCAUAACACACUGGAAUUGAUUGUUUGAGUUUGAGAAAGACUUGACUGAGGCGAAUGGUUAUCAUGUGUAAGGAUUCUGUUCACUUUAGGGUUUCCCAUUUCCCCCUGAACCCCAUGUAUGUAUGAAAUCCUCGCUCUUUGUUUAGCAUUUCACACAGUUUCGUUUAGCAGUCGUGUUGUAUGAACUCCCAUAAAUGUGUUGACUCUCCUUGGGCUUGAUCUGCUUCACUUUUAGAGUUAUUCGGGUAUUUUACUUGAAGAGCAUGAUGAGGCUUGCAGCUUUAGUAUCACCCUUUGUUACAUUUACAAAAUAACGGCACAGCUUGUCAUCUGUUUGGAAACUGAAAAAGGACCGCAUGACCCCCAUUCAUUUGAAAUACUUUGGGAUCCUAAAUGAAUUGAUGAUCUCAUUUAUUUAAUCAGAAUUGCAGGCGGACUCCAAAAUGCACACGGACAGAGAUUAAUUGUAGGAAAGUUCUUUAAAUACACUUUUGGGGUACAACCGUGAUCAAUGGUUUAUUUGAAUUCAAGCAAAUCACAGUUCCAAAGAUACUCUCUGUUUGAUCGCAUUGUUUGCUUUAUUACAAUGGAGUUGCACUGCGGUGGGCUGGCGCCCUGCCCGGGGUUUGUUUCCUGCCUUGCGCCCUGUGUUGGCUGGGAUUGGCUCCAGCAGACCCCCGUGACCCUGUAGUUGGGGUAUAGCGGGUUGUAUAAUGGAUGGAUGGAUGGAUGGACAGUGGAGUUACAUGUUUGUGGUCAGUGCUUUAAAAGGAGUCCUUAAAUCACAACGCUGGAGGCUUUAAAGGUUUGUGAUCAGUGGCUUAGUUAACUUAAGAAAAGCCUUACUUGUAAUAAUAAAAAUCCUUUUGAUUCUACAAUUUUAUGAAUUUUCAGAAAGUUUACAAAGUUAUGUUGAUGAAAGUAUGCAAGUCUAUCUUGACAGAUUCUGGCUGCAGAUCUCCUUUCCACAAAGGGUUGAGCUGCAAAACCUACUAACAAAAAAAGAAGUGGCAUUUAAGGCCUGUGACUUCCCAACAGGUGGUGGACCUUCCACUCCUGUAAUACUUCCACCUUCAGCCACACGACACUGUGAUGUCAUUCCAGGGACCUGUGGAUGGAGGUGGACGUGAUGUUCGGAUUGGAAGGUCCACCAUCUGUUGGAUGCUCGGUGCCCUCAAGUGCCAUUCCUUUAUUUUUUUUUUUUUUUUUGUUAGUAGGUUUCAUGGCUCGACACUUUGUGGAAAGGAGGUCUGCAGCCACGUCCCUCUCAAGUCUGGAGGUGAAUGUUCUCAGGAUUAGUUAUUGUGUAAAUGAUGUGUCGGGCUGCAACAUGCAUUGUGGUAGGGAGACGUUCAUAUUGCCUCAUUUGCAGCCUUACAGACGACUUUGUUUUAUUUAUUUUGCCCGCUCCAAUUUGUUUUUGUUGGUUUUUAUUUAUGCCCAGUGACCACCAUGCCCCUCUUUAUUCUUACUGGCACCUUUCUCCCUGUGUCUUGUCUUGUGGAGUGGCACAACAGGAUAGUUAGCGAUGGCUGCAUACCCACCAAUCAUCGUUUUUAAUCAUUUAGUGGCUCUUUUUCACUGUAUGGCAUUUCUAUCAAUUCAUUCUGUAUAUUUUGAUAGCCUCAUCUUUUUAAAGAAUAAUGUUUGAGAACUUACGGUGUUGCGUCAUGAACAUUUUAUUUUUUAUCUUCUGUGUACAGAAGACAAAAUCAGAAGCCGUAGGGAGAAAGAAAACCAUCGCAUUUGUGGCACAGAAAAGUCAAAUAACCAUCACCAAGGUCACUGAGUUUUUGAAAGAAUUAAUGGAUUCCGCAAACCACCUUUAUCGGGAAUAGAGAGUGUGAGCGAGUUGUGGAGAAAAUGAGUCAUAAGUACAAUUUGCCUUGAAAUUAUAAUUAUUUUCAUAAAGUAUGUUCAUUGUUUAUUUUCUUAAAUUCUAGAGUGGAAUUUGUUGAAUGUUAAAACGUUCUUAAUUUAUUUUGUGUUGUAUUGAUGUGAUGUUAUAAUUAAAUAUACUUUUCAAACUUU